ACAGAAAUGGAGAACACAACCGUGGUGACAGAAUUCAUCCUAACUGGACUUUCCAAUCUCCCAGCUGUCCGCUUCUCCCUCUUUGCUGCCUUUUUGCUCAUCUACCUGGUCACCCUGGUGGGAAAUGGAACCAUCCUUCUUGCCAUAGGAGUUGACUCUCACUUGCAGAACCCCAUGUAUUUCUUCCUCAGUAACCUUUCCUUGUUGGACAUCUUCUGCCCCACAACAACGGUGCCCAAGAUGCUGGAGAACCUCUUGUCAGAAAGUAGUGCCAUUUCAUUUGUCGGCUGUGUGUUGCAACUGUACUUCCUGGUAGCCCUGGCUGGGACAGAGGUCUUCCUUUUGGCUGCCAUGGCUUAUGACCGUUACGUGGCCAUAUGUAAUCCCUUGCGGUACACGGUCGUUAUGAGCAAGAGACGUUGCCUUCAGAUGGUUGCUGGCACAUGGAUAAUUGGGUUCCUCAAUUCUCUGCUGCACACUGUCAUGACUUUCACUUUGCCUUACUGUAAAUCCAACAGGGUCAACCAGUACUAUUGUGACAUCCCACCAGUGCUGGCCUUAGCAUGUGCUUCCACCGAUGUGGCUGAGAUGGUUGUCCUUAUUGUUGGUGGCAUUUUUGGUGUGGGCGCUUUUCUGGUCACACUGGUCUCCUACGUUCAUAUCAUCUCCACCAUCCUCCGGAUCCGUUCCACAGAGGGGAAGCGUAAGGCCUUUUCCACUUGUGCCUCACAUCUGAUGGUGGUGUGCCUUUUCUAUGGGACAACCAUCUUCACUUACAUAAGGCCUUCCUCCAGCCACCAUCCAGACCAAGACAGGUUGGUGAGCAUGCUAUAUGGGGUGAUCACCCCUAUGUUGAACCCCUUGAUCUAUAGCCUCAGAAACAAGGAGGUGAAAGGGGCCUUGAAGAGAGCCAUAAUUCUUAAAAGGUACUAA